GUGAAGACGAAUAAGAAGAGAAUAAAAGAAAAAAAAAAUAUGACAUGAAUAAGAAGAAAAAAGAAAAAAGAGGAAGUGAGGAAGGAAAAAUAUUGGAAAAGCGUGCCUAUAAAAUAUAUGGUGCGACAAGAAAACGAGCAUUAAUUGUAGCGUAUCAUGAAAGUGUGAAUGUAGACGCGAACAUGGAUCGAUGUAUGCGGUAUAAAAUGAAUCUGUACGUUACAUAUGUAUGCAUCGAUACGCGCGCUAGAUCCAAACCGUGUUCAAGUAAAACGAACUUCUUUAAUGUACAAAAUAUGAUUGAAGUUUAUUUUUAAAUUGCGAUGAUCUAUUGUCGCAAGGCCGUCAUGUAAAAGUUGUUAAGGAAAUAUGUUACAUUAGUUUAAGAAUAGAUCUCUCUUCGACAAAAAAUAAAUUUGCGAAAAUGAUAAUUUUUGAUCGACGAGUUUGGUCGAUAUUAUAUUGAAUAACGAGAAUGAUGACGAAGACGAAAACGGCGAAAACGACAAGGAUAAAUGCAUAGCGUGUCGCAAUCAAACUGUUGCGGUUAUCCGAUUCUAUCCGUUCUAGUAUACUCAAACAUCGUUUGUUCCGCAAGUAGUGUAAUAGUAUUGCAAUUAAGCUCUUUCGCGUUCUCUCUUUUGCCUGCUAAUAAAAAUUAAAGAUGAAAAAUAGGCGGAGUUGAAAUAAUGCGUGCGAACCAAAAUUAUUCUAAUAACGAAAUGUACCUUUAUAGUUCCUAAUUAUCUCAAAGUUUACACUUACCGAAAAGGCAAGGGGGACAAAAGAAAUAACGAGUAUAUAUAUAUAUAUAUAUAUAUAUAUAUAUAUGAAUAUAUACAUAUAUAUGAAAAGCAUGAAUCGUUAUCAAGACGGAUAAAAUUAUAAAAGCAAUAAGUGUGCCUUGUUCGAAUGUUCUAAAUAUAUAUCGAUAAUGAGAUGUAACCAAAAAUAGUGUCGAAAUGUUCGCCGAAUUCGUCGAAUUUAUUUCUAAUGUAUUUACGAUUUUGAAAAACUUUAGAUAAGGUAAAUGAAAUAAAAACAUAGAGUUCGCGUUUUUUGUUUUGGUAAAUUCUUUUCUCUUACAAAUAAAUAAAUAAAUAAAAAAAAAAAAGGAAAAAAAAAAAGAAAAAAAAAGAAAAAAAAAAGAAAAAGUCGAGAAAAGGAGAAAGAAAAAGAAAUAAAAAAAAGACAAAAGUUAUCAAUUAUAUCAAUUAUAAUUAAAGAUUAGCAAUUUACAUAAAUAUCGAAGAAGAAAUUGUUAUAAGAGAAAUGAAAAAAGAAAAGAAAAUCAUUCGUUAAGUAUCUUGUGUUCCUACAAGCAAGCAUUGACAAAUUCUUUCAAAUUAGCAUUUUCUGUGAGCAAGAAAAAAAUGAGAAAUGAUGAUGAGUGAGCGAAGAAAGGGAGGAGAAUUGAAGAAAACGAGGAGAGGAAGGGAGAAUGUUUGUAAUUGUUUUAUCUAUAUACUUUAUGUUCUAUUGCAUAUACACAUACACAUACACGUACACACACACACACACACACACAGACACACACAACAUACACGCACACAUAUUGAAUUCCGAAUAAACAUUCGGUCGAAUGAAAUAUUUUGAUAUAUUCUUGUGUAUUAACCAACCAAGAUUAUUCUACGAAGAAGAAAAAAAAAAAAAAAAGAAUACAGAUGAUGCGUAUUUAACAUUUACAGGAUGUUAAAAAAAAGAAGAAAUAAAAAAAUUUAGAAAUAUUAUAUUAUCUAGAAUAUUGGUUACAUAAAAAAAUAUAUUUUUACUUAUAUAUAGAUUUUAAUUAUUUCAUAAUUUUUAACUUCUUAAAUACAUAUUUUUGACAUUCUGUAUAAAUAUGAUUACUUAUACCCGGAUAUUCACGUACAGUAAAUCUUUAUAUGGAACAAGAAAUUUUUUUUUUUAUUUUUGUAAUGUAUAAAAAUAUACAGGAAAAAAAUAUUUUAUCUUAGAAAGAAUAAUCAAUAUAAUAAAAAGUCUCGAAUUCUGAUAUUACGUAUGUUUCCUUGUACGUAAUUUAUUUCUUGGAAAAGAAAAAAAGAAACAUAAAUCUUUAUAAUUUUAUGAAAAAAAUUGUUUGUAAACCAAAACACUAAUUUACUUAAUUUUUUAAAAUUAUAACUUGGUUCGGUAUAACAUUCUAUUUUUCUUACCAGAUAGGCGAUACUUUCCUUGUCUCUCUUCCUAUUACUCCCUCGUUUUCAAAUAUAAGUUUAAAACGUUUAAUCGUAAAUUUUGUCAUAUUUUAAUAAGUUCUAUAAUCAUAAUUUCCUUAAAGAGAAAAAAAGAAAAAGAGAAAAUCUAAGUAUUCUUGACAACUUUGUGGGAAAAAUCUAUUAAUUGAUUGAAAAGAGAAAAAGGAGAUUCCCACGAUGUUAUCGAUUCUUUCGAAUUUUUUUUUUUUUCGGAUGCGUUACGCAGAAUAAUUGCAGAAAAAAACGAAAGCGUUUCAUUAAAUUCUUCUCCCGUUAUGACGACAUUCAUCUUUUAUGUGCAUAUGAAUAUAAUUUUUAUCGAUUUAAUCUUUCUUAUCAAUUAAUAACGAUUUUUUUUAUAGAUUCAAAAUAUUAAGCGACACAAUGCUGUAUCGAAAGUAAGUACUUUUAAGUUGAAUUGUAUACAACGUAUAUAUCGAGUGCCAUAAAAAGGCUUCUUUUACAAUGUCUUUUAGACACGAUUAGUAGAUAUUAAUUAUAAGGAAGCGUUUCUAUUCCAAAAUAAUAUUAUCGUUUUAGUACUAAAUCACAGCGACAGCGCGUACUGUUCCGUUUUUUUCUUUUUCUUGCUUUAUUAUUUUCUUUUCAUAUUAUUACGUAUAAACUGUAAUACGCAUUAUGCACGCGUAUCAAGGUAAACAAUUUUUUAAGAGUUUGAUCCUAUAAAAAAAAAAAAAUAAAUAAAUAAAAAAAAAUAAAAAAAAAAGAAAGAAAGAAAAAAGAAAAAUGUGGAAAAAUGUUGAUCACAUAAUAUCGUUUAAGUUAAAAUUCUUUCAAUUGUUGUAAUCUCAAUCGAAUACGUGUUGUGAAUGAAAAAUACAUAUAUACGUGCCUGCCCGUACGCUCACAUAGAUUAUAUUGUAUUGUUUGAUUCAAAAAUUUGUAAUAAAAUUGCUUAAAAUCGAUCAUGAUAAGAAAAGGAAGAAAAAAGAUAGGGAAAGAGAAAUUGAUAAGACAUCAAUAGUUAUUUGGAGAGAUAAAAAUAGUUGGAGAAAAUUCGAAAGGAUUCAAUUUCGAUACCGCAUAAUAAAGCGAUGGAAACGAAAGUCAAUGUCGAGUUUAAGCAAUGAAUGUACAUAUGUACGUACGUAAGUGGAAAGUAAGUAACGUAACGGAGGAUAAGACGGUUCGUAAAUGAGAGGCAUCGAGUGGAUUACCGGUCAGUUCGAAACCGAGGUUCAGGAAUAAUCGAUCGAUCAUUAAUUUAUCCGAGAAAACUUCUCCGUGUAUCAGGAGAAGAGGAAAAAAAGAUGGGACGAAAAAUAUUGGCACUGGUUGGAUUAAUAUUAUUUCUCAAGUGUACGGAUGGCGAAAACGGUGACAACAGGGAUAAUAACGAACAUUUGUUCUCUCAUCAUCGACAGAAAAGAUUGCUUUGGAUAACUAACGAUGGUCGAAUUGCUUUACCACCAGGCACGAUAAUGACGAUAACUCCAACAUUGGCAUUACCAUUUGUCAGAUAUCCUCCCUAUGGUUUUCUUAGCAACAUGACUAUCAGUCUUCCUUUUACUAUCGAUUUCGACAAACUUGGUUUAACCGACAAUGAAAAUCCUUAUGGCGUUUUACCAUCGGCGUUUGAUACUAGUGCGAGAGAGCAAGGAUCGAAUGCCGCGGAAUUUAUCGCGAUGUUCGUAAAACGUGGAAUCGGUAAAAGAGAGGCGAUUCGAGAUCUACCAGAAAAUAUACUUUAUGGAGGUGAAAGAGCUCUUUUGUAUGGUACCGCCGAGGAUAUGCUCGGAAAUUUUGGUUUAAAUGGAAAAGCUUGUUUAUUAAGGGCUAUAUGCGAAGUACAAGGACAUCCUUUGAAUAAUUUCGGUUUGAUCGGAGAAAUGCUCAAACUAUUUUUCACUGCUAGUAAAUCACCAUUUUCAAAUCUUUUGAAAGAAUAUGUUGAGGCUGAAAAUAGAGGCAAGUUUCAUGGAGAGUGUUGGCCUUAUUUUAAAGAUUGUCCAAAAUCAUUAUUUCGUUCGUCAGAGAAUAAAUAUAUAAAAGAUGCCUUUCACGAAGAUAUUGUAACUACCGAAACAGAUGAGAUAGAGCAAAAAAAUCGAUAUUUUCCUUCCACUUUGUCAAUGGACCGAAUACGGAAAGAAAAUCAAUUUUCUGAAAAUAUUAAACACACGAUACGAUUAAUGUAAAUAAAUCGUUUGAAGCCAGACAAUAUACCAUACUACUACUUACUAUGUGUAUAUAUAUCUUAGAAUGAAUACAAAUUAUCUUAAAAUGAUACAAACAAACAAAGGGCAAUUAAAAUCAUUAAGAAUCAUAAAAAAAUUAUAUAUAAAGAUAA